AUGAAACCCUACUAUAGCUUACCCUUUUGCAUGCCCCAAGAGGGUGUGAAUGACAGUGCCAUGAACCUUCUUGGUGAGCUCCUUAUGGGUGAUAAGAUUAAGAAUUAUCCGUACAGAUUUAAGAUGUACACCAAUGAGACAAAGAUCUUUCUCUGUCAAACCAAGCCAUUGUUGGGUGAUGAAGUUAAGCUUUUGAAGAAGAGGAUUGAUGAGAUGUAUCAGGUUAAUUUGAUUCUUGAUAAUUUACCCGCCACUUGGUAUAUUAGGAGGGAGGGUUUUUCCUUGCGGUGGACAGGUUAUCCUGUGGGAAUUAAGGUUCAAGAUGUGUAUUAUGUGAUUAAUCACUUGAAAUUUACAGUUCUUGUUCAUAAGUAUGAGGAGACCAAUGUGGCUCGUGUGAUUGGUACUGGGGAUAGGGCCGAGGUGAUCCCUACGGUUGGGAAGUCGGGAUCAGAGAAGCCUAAAUACAUGAUUGUUGGGUUUGAGGUGGUCCCUUGUAGUAUCCAACACAAUGCUGAGUCACUGCAGAAUUUGAAAAUGUAUGGUGCAAGUCCGUCUGUGAUCAAGUGUGAUCCCAACACUGUGGCCAUGGCUAUUAAGGAGAAUGAGCCUCUGGCAUUUACAUAUGAGUUUUCGUUUGUGGAGAGUGACAUCAAGUGGCCAUCAAGAUGGGAUGCCUAUUUGAAGAUGGAGGGAGUGAAAGUCCUUUGGUUCUCAAUUCUCAAUUCCCUUAUGGUGAUCACUUUCUUGGCUGGUAUUAUUGUUGUCAUCUUCUUGAGGACAGUUCGUUAUGAAGAGCCGAACACAGAAGCUCAAGCCCAGAUGAAUAAGGAGUUAUCAGGGUGGAAACUUGUUGUGGGAGAUGUUUUCCGUCCUCCAAACAACCCUUCACUUUUAUGUGUUAUGGUGGGAGAUGGGGUUCAGAUUCUAGGGAUGGCAGUAGUGACGACUUUGUUUGCUGCUCUCGGGUUCUUGUCCCUGACUUCUCAAGGAACUCUGGUUACAGGUAUGCUGUCUUUCUACCUGAUUCUUGGAAUUGCGGCUGGUUUUGUUGCUGUUCGUCUGUGGAAGACAAUCUCUUGUGGUGAUCACAAAGGAUGGGUUUCAGUCUCUUUGUGGGUUGCUUGUUUCUUUCCUGGUAUUGGUUUUUUGAUUCUAACGACGUUGAACUUCUUAUUGUGGAAUAGUCACAGCACAGGAGCCAUCCCUUUUUCUCUCUUUGUGACUCUCAUUUUGUUGUGGUUCUGUAUCUCGCUCCCCCUUACCCUUUUUGGCGGUUACCUUGGGGCAAGGGCACCUCAUAUUCAAUACCCAGUUAGAACCAAUCAGGUUCUUCUAGAAAUCCCAGCUCUCAGAUACCCUUCUUGGCUUCAAGUUCUUUGGGCUGGGAUUCUUCCAAUUGGUACGCUUUUCACCGAGCUCUUCUUCAUCAUGUCCAGUAUUUGGUUGGGCCGUGUAUACUCUGUUUUUGGGUUCCUUUUCAUUGUUUUGACCCUUCUUGUAGUGGUUUGUGCUGAAGUGUCUAUAGUUCUAACAUACAGACAUCUCUACAUGGAGGACUGGAAUUGGUGGUGGAAAUCUUUCUUUGCUUCUGGUUCAGUUGCCAUAUUCGUUUUCCUUUACUCCAUAAACUAUCUCGUUUUUGAUCUAAAGAGUUUGAGUGGAGUUGUCCCCGUCACUCUUUACUUGCUAUAUUCGCUUUUCAUGUGUGCUUGCAACAGGCACAGUUGGGUUCCUUUCUUCAUUUUGGUUUGUGCAGUACUUGUUCUCUUCUGUGAAGCUGGACUGAAGAACUUCCUUCAACACAAAGACAGACUCUGUGAAAAUAAGCAGCAUUCGGCCAUUGGAGAAAUGGUCACAGAUUUCAUAUAUAGUAGAUCUACUAAUGUUUCUUUUCUUUGA